UUAUCGGAACUCGCUCGCACUACAAAAAAAAAAGCGAGAUAAAUUGUAUUGUAUUGUAUUAUGUAGCUCGUUCAUCGGUCAACAACUAAUACAUUGCAGGUCCUCCAGCCAGUCCCCUCCCACUAACCUACAAACUCCUCUUCGUUUCUAAUGAAAAGCUUUAGUGCAAGCGGAAGUUAGUCUACUGCACGACGCAUCACAAAAAUGUUGAUCUAGUGGUCCUCUCCUCUUCUUCUCGUUCUAGUCUGUUCAGCAUGCGACGGUACUUUUGUUCAGCCUCUCCCACAUGUAUUUACUUAUUCGUUGAAUGUCCCAUUGGUCAGUAGUUACAAAAUACAAAGAUAUUGUGAUUGCAUUGUCGUGAAGAUUACUAGUUCAUCUAGUUCUAAGUGUAUCUGUAUGUGGUCGCUGCACUUGUGAUUGCUUCAGGAGGACGAGGAGCAGUGUGCGUGUGUACCAAGUACGAAGAGACUGACACAAGUAGAAACUACAUGAUUGUACACUAGAAACUACAUGAUUGUAAACUAGACUGACACAACGAACCACAAGAAACAUGUCCUCCAAAAAUGAUACAAGUAAAGUCUUCUCUCCCAAGAGGGAUGGGACGCUGGCGAGCUACGGAAUUCUCAGUGGUGGUGGAGGAGGUCCACGGGCGCGGAAUCCGACGAAAGAACUGUUCGAUUAUGAAAUAGAUGAGAUGAUCUUUCUCACAAGAAAGAUCAGAGGACAGGAAGAUAGAGGCACUAUCGUUAUCGUCCCAUGAAGAUUUACUACAUUUAUUUCAGGACAUGAUGGCCGACGUUCUUCAUUGUACUACUUGCUGCUAUUUGUCUUCCUCCCUCCUGCGUUGAUGUCUUUCUCCCUAACCCUACUUAUAUACGUAAAUAAUCUACUUCUUUAACUCUUCGUUACGGGAGGACUACACAAAGGCUCGCCUGGAGACUCAUCAAAAGCAUCUAGCGAAGACGAGGACGAAGACGAGGACGGCUUGGAUCCAUGGAAGAGUAGCAAGAAUCCCUUAUCUUCUUUUCAAGGAAAGUUAUGGCUUUCCCUGUGAUUGCUUGUCGUAGGUCUGCUCUUGGGAAUGAUUCAAUCAUCCUCAGUGAGACGAGGGUCGUGUCAGUGUCAGCAGAUGAACCCACCUAGAAGUUCAAAUUCCACCACCACCAGCACCUAGAAGUUUUAUUUAUGAAAUGCGAAUAAUAAAUUACCUCAAGAACCUAAUACGAAUAGGAAUACCAGACCAACUUCUGCCUCUAACUACCAAAGCGCCACAACAAUCUACCGUUUUUUCGCAGCGCGUCCUCGCACAUGUACUGCAGAAUAAAUUCUCCAGUAGUCGGCUUCGGACGAAAUUCAAGAUCAUCUGUGUGCUUGGAGCGAUUAUUGCUGGGUUGUGGUUUUUGUGGCUGCAUCAUGGUCCUCUUGUUCUUAUGAAAACAUGAUAUUUAUUAUAUAUAAGUACUUCCGCUGAAACUUUCAGCAUUUUUUGCUUUGAGCACUCGCUUGCUUUGCUGUUUACUUAUAUUCGGUGGAUACGCCUUAUAGGCGGUCUCGUUCGAGGAUGCAAGUUCUUUCAUGAUGAACGAGAUCGCCUAUAUGACGGUCUGCUCGUUCGAUUAUGAUUUUCACUUCAUAAGUGGUUCGGUCGUGGUCAAGAGACUUGUAAACCCCUCGUGUAGUAGUUAGUUCUUUGACCAGUCGACUGCGCAAGCGCAACUCGUUCCGUUCAUUCGCUUGUUUAUAUCGCAUUUGUGACCUCGGCACUAAAGGCUGUCUAUCAUAUGAUCUUACAAAUUUUGCGCUCUAUAGAAUACAUUUUAGUUGUGUUUGAUCAAUAGCUUUUGGUUGUCUGUCCUUCGGAAGCAGCAGAACAUGAUUUUCAGGACCUCGUAUUAUUGGAGAUCUCGUUCGACAGAAUAUGAUUUUCAGGACCUCGUAUUAUAUUAUAGGAGACAUCGUUCUAUAGAACAUGAUUUUCAUGAUGACGAAGUAUUCAUCCUCCUCCUUCUUGACUUUCUAAGCAUUCGUCCGGUAGAAGUCAGGAUGACAAACAGGACCAGCACCACAAGGUGGAAAAGCACCAGAUGCGUGGGGGUCACCAUAAUGUGAAGUCUACCAAAAAAGACGGAAAGGCAAAGCCUAAAUCUCUUGCAUGGAUUAUGGAUGAAACUUUUUCGACGCCACAACAAAUAACUACUUGUAGAUGAGAAUGACAUAGCUCGGUGGAGACAAAACUACCGCGCGGCAGUCUGCACUGAAAACUGUGCGAGAUUAAUUGCAUUGUAUUGUAUUGUUGUCCUUCUUUUCCUGAUCCUGCUGUGCCUCCGGAAUAGACCACUACGUUUCUCAAAAAUUUUGUAUUGUAUUGCAUUGCGUUGUAUUGCAUUGUAUUGUAUUGCAUUGUAUUGUAUAAUUGUGUUGUAUUGUGUUGUAUCCUGCUAGUGCUACCAGUACUACAGCAAGUUCGUGACUAGCUUUACCCUUCUUCUUCUAAUAAGCGAAAGAGGUACAGGAAGAACCUGACGCCAUUAGAGGAAGAGCGAUUGUCAGCGGAGUUGAAUCCUUCGCACGACGGCGAAGAGUUUGAGCAUGAGAGUGACAACUCCGCUUCGGAACAUGAGUUUUAUGACAGUGUUGAUCAAAGUAGGAGGUUUGUUUUAUUGCUAGAAAUAGUUCCUCCUCAGCUUCUCAUCAAGGAGAAGGGCGGAAUUGAAUCCUUCGCACGACGGCGAAGAGUUUGAGCAUGAGAGUGACAACUCCGCUUCGGAUAGAUAUAGAAUUUUAUGGUAGAACAGCGAAUAGAUAUAGAAUGUGAAUGAUUUAGAUCUGCGCCAACAUUUUCAUUCACGCUGAUAGUGCUGUUCAUAGAAGUGUCGAUUAAAGCAACGUUUUAUUUUACCUUUUAUUUUUGAUUUUAGGGUCCUCAAGGAAGAAGAAAGCUGGUUAAGGUCGUUUUGAAGAAAGCCCUAAUAUCACAGCCGCUCGGAGGAUAGCGGCACAGCCUCGGACAUCAGAUAGAAGAGCAGCAGCGUCGUGAGUCGCCAUCCAUCGUGCUGAACUAGUCAGUCGAUGAGAACAGUGGGAGACGCCGGUUAUAGUAAGUUGAUAAUCUAGAGAUCAUCUAGUGGAUAGUAUAACUAGUACGUCAGCCGCGCCCGCUGGUAAGGAAAUUCUUUGAAUAACUGCAUACAUUAGAAUGCGAUCAGUGAUUCACUUCUACACGAGCCUCCACUUCAAGUGUAACACUCUCUUUUGUUGCGUGAUGAAAAUAAAUUACAACAUACAACUCAUAUUAUUACCUCCUUCAAAAACUAGAACUACAUGAAGAGCAUGAACACGAUGUCAUAGCGAACUCCUAUGAUUCCAUACUCCAGUUCGAGUUCCAAGUGUCUUCUAGUACUGCCAAACCAACGUGCUGGAAGAAGCAACAAGGCAUUGUGUGUGUGUAUGGGAUGUCUUCCCUCGAACGCUCUUCGUUGGCAAAAUUUUUC